AUGGCGUCCACAUCCCUAGACUUGACUCUUCCAGAAGCCGCACCCGGACUCACUACAUACGGAAAAUACAGCUGGGGCGACGCUUUUUUCUACCUUUAUAACCUCGUUCCCGGUGUCAACUUAGCUGAGGUCGCCGCCGGCCUGCAAGAAGUGUGGUACAAGGAAGAGAACGUAACACCCAUAAUCAAAAUCGCACGACCCGAGGCUGAUUUCGCGGGUAAGACGCUCAGCGAUGUGGUCGCUGCUCAUGUCGCCGCGGAUAAGGGAAUCAAACUCGAUAAAGUGAAAAGUCGCGGUUCAAAAAGGAGACAUCGCGAGUCAAUGGGAAAUAUAUCUGUCUAUCCUACGGCCUUUGUUGUAGUGACAAAGAAAGACUGGAAGAAAGACGGCGGAUUACUAUGGGUCUACGUGAUGGAUGGCAAAAAAGGAAAGGGGGGAAAGUUGGAUAAGUUUUUCUUCAGAUUUGAAGAUGCGUAUCUGUUGCUUGCGGGGGUGUUAUUUGUGAACUGUACACUAAACGAAGCGAAGAGAGAAUAUGAUAUCGAGGCACGGCACGACGACGACGACGAUGAUGAUGACGAUGAAGAAGAGGAGACGACCGAUGAAGAGGACGAUGACUGA